AUGCCCGCCCUUCUCAGAUCGAACUCGUUUAUCUUCCCGGAUCUCGACUUUACGCUCCGUCGCCAAUUCAACAAGACCGGCUUCCGCCCGUUUCAACGGGAGAUCAUACAAGCCGCGUUGGACGGCAACGAUGUCUUUGUGCAAGCUGCCACAUCCUUCGGGAAGAGUUUGUGCUUCCAACUUCCAGCCGUGGUUGAUCAGGGUAUCACCAUCGUCGUAUCGCCACUGCUGAGUCUCAUGAUGAACCAGGUGGACGGCCUUCGGGCUGCUGAUAUUGACGCCAGCUCGCUGAAUAGCAAUACACCCCCCGCGGAAAAGGAUCGCAUCAUGAAUGACCUCAAAACGGGCCACCCGCGCACCCGGUUGCUCUACGUGACUCCCGAGCUGUGCGCCCAGGACCGCUUUCGAGACAGGCUCAGGGUGGUCUACGAACAGCGAGAGCUUGCCCGCAUCGCCAUCGACGAGGCCCACUGCAUUAGUGAAUGGGGACAUGACUUCCGUAAGGAUUUCAAGAGAUUGGCUUGGUUUCGGGAGUCCUUCCCAGAUGUGCCCAUUAUUUGCCUGACGGCAACUGCCAACAGCCAGGUGAGAAGGGACGUACUCGCUACUCUCGGGUUGGACACGGAUCCGCAGAGGCUCAAGGCAUUCACCAUGACUGCCCACCGACCCAACCUUCACUUCGAAAUCCGGUUUACAUGCGAUGAGGACGACCAGCGAUUAGAGGACUUUCUAAGGUGGCUUCGUAGCGUGUAUCAGCGUAGAGCUGAGGAUCCGCGGAAAGCUGAGCUUGCCGCCCUAGGCGAGCGCCCGGACAGCGUCCCCGGCAUCAUCUACACCAUUUCGCGAGAUGAAUGCGAGAGUCUCGCCUCGCAGCUCAGACAGGAGGGCAUUGGAGCUCAGCCCUUCCACGCCAAGCUGACCAAGGAAACCAAGGAGCGAGUUCUCUCCAGCUGGGUUUCCGACGAGCCUGGAUAUGAUAUAAUCGUGGCUACAACCGCGUUUGGUAUGGGCAUCGACAAGGACAAUGUUCGGUUCGUUGUGCAUUGGCGGCUGCCCAAGUCUUUUGAGGGGUACUAUCAAGAAGCCGGACGGGCCGGGCGCGACGGCAAUGCCGCGUACUGUUUCUUAUACUACAGUCGCGAAGAUAGGGACAGGGUCAGCAGCCUGAUUAUGCGAGACCGCGCAACGUCCAACUCCAAUUUUGAAGCGCGCGCUAGGAGCCUGCAGGCAUUGGCUCAAUACUGCGAGAGCACGAGCGCCUGUCGUCAUAAGCUCAUCUGCAGCUACUUUGGCGAGAAUGACACCCCAGAAUGCGACUAUGCGUGCGAUUGGCACAAGGACAGCGCCGACCUACAGCGACGGUUCAUGCGUGGGCUCGCCAGCGAGGAGUGGGUCAGCACGCAGAGAGAAGAAGGGCUGUACGACGUAGAUUGGGAUGAAUGA